GCAGUUCGCGAAGCUGCUAAUAGAGUGCUACAGUUUUACACAGUGCAUCGUUAAAACAAAGUUACAUUGGAAAAUAGUUUAGUUUUUUCGCGACAAAAUGAGUUUAGUAACUCGAUUUGUGACAAAUCGUUGGAUGAUGUGGGUUUUAGAGCUACUGAUCCUAGGUAUUUGUUUCAUUGGGUAUUGCAAAGGACAAGGAUUCUCAGCUAUUGGACCAAACACGAUCCGACCGAACACACCGUACUCAAUCUCGUUCACAAAUUCUUUUCCGUGCCAUGCACCCGUGGACGUUACGCUGCAGGGAGGACCUGUUGGUUGUAAAUUGUCCAUAAACCAAACUAUCAGCGCGAUUGUGUCGAGACGGACCGGGAAAUCCGUUUCGUUCGAGGUUGGGAACAUUGCAAAGGGCAACUACAAAGUUCUGGUCCGGAGCAAAGAUGUGGGUAUUCCAUUCAACGAAGAAAUUGAUCUUGCGUACGAUGGAAAAACGGAAUCAAUUUUCAUUUUGCUGGACAAACCGGUCUACAAACCUGGUGAUGUGCUCAAGUUCCGGAUCGUCGUGGUAGACGUGAACACGAGACCGGCUAGUGAUAUUAAAACUGUAAAUGUGACCCUUUCCGAUGCCAACGGGAAUUCAAUUAGGCGAUGGCCGUUCGGAAAGCUUCAGCAUGGCGUGUUUGAGUCCCAGGUUCAACUGGCGUCGUCUCCCACGCUAGGGCUGUGGAGCUUUACAGUUAUGACUGGAAGAAGUAAAGCAUCAAAGUCACUCGAGCUUCGAGAGUACGUACUGCCCAAAUAUCACGUGAAGGUGUAUCCCCAACGGGCAUUGCUGGUCACGGAGAAACGAAUCGUACUGGUCGUCGAGACAGCUUACACCUCGGGAAAGCCACUGGAGGGAUCCCUCACGGUGGACCUGUUUGUGGACGAUGCUAGCAAACGAAGGCCAGAUUAUUUCACUACAAAACGUAUCGAAGGACAAACUACGGUUGAGUUCCGCUUGAAUGACGAGUUGGAGGUGGAAAGUGAUAGUGAUGUAACUUUCGUAUUUGCCCGAGUCAACGUCACGGAAACUUUCACCAAUCGAACUGAAUCCAUCGUCGAGAGAAUUCCAGUGCAUCGAUAUCCUAACACAAUUUCGGUGGUCAAAUCUGACCAUUUGUUUAGCCCAGGAAGUCUGUUCUCGUUGCAGUUGAUCGUACAGGAUCACAAUGGAAUUCCCGCUAGUGAUGGACAAUCUGCCACAAUCAAAAUCAUUUACGAUGGAGAUGAGUCUGGUGAAGAAAGCUACGAAAUUUCACUAGUGAAGGAAACAGACUCUAAAGGAGUAAUAACGGUAGACAUCGUACCGCCGAGGACGGCAAUAUCUUUCCAAAUGGAGAUCACCUAUGAUUCCAUCGUGUAUGACAACUUUGAGGAAAUUUACGCAGCACAGUCAGAGAGCAACCAGUUUAUAACUGUAACUUUGAACGAAAAUCGUUACAAAGUGCGCCCCAAUCGGGAAGUGUUGUUCGAGAUCUCCUGCACCGAACGGAUGAGCCACUUUGCCUACACGUUCUGGGCACGCGGAAGCAUCAUCGACUCGGGCCACGUUAAUGUAGCGAACAAGAAACGGUACUCCUUCCGGUACAGACUGCUCCCGCAGAUGGCGCCCAAAGCGAAGCUGAUCGUCACGUACACCUCGAAAAACUUUCUCAUUUUUGACGACCUGGAGCUGAACUUUGACAUGUUCAGCAAUCACUUCGAGUUCAGCCUGGACGACGACGAUUAUCUGCCUGGACAGGACAUCUACGUGGAUUUGCAGGCGGCCAACGACUCGUACGUAGCGUUCCACGCGAUCGACCAGAGCGUUCUGCACCUGGGCCGUAACGGACAUGCGUUCACGCAGGACGAUGUGUUACGUGACUUGAAACAGUACGGCGUGGGAGAGUCGGACGAGUUUGAACCCUUCAAUGACAUGGGUUUGUUUGUUAGGAGUACAGCUGCGGUAGAUUUUGCAUACGCACGAAACCACCAUUCGAGAUCCUCAAGAUCAUCAGAAAAAAUCGACAAGGCACCGACCCAAAUCCGAACCGUCUUUCCGGAAACGUGGCUGUGGACAAACUACUCAAUGGAUGGUAAAAGAUCAUUCAUGACGAUUGAAUCUGUUGUGCCCGAUACGGUCACGUCGUGGAUGGUCGAUGGAUUCGCGCUUAGUCCCACCCUAGGCCUGGGCGUAAUGAAGCAGCCACGGGUGUUUACAGUAAAUCAACCCUUCUACAUUAUCGCCGAUCUACCGUACUCGAUAAAGCGCGAUGAAGUGGUGGUGAUUCAGGUAACCGUGUUUAACUUUCUGGGGACCACUUUGACAUCGGAUGUAACACUGUUCAACAAGAACGACGAAAUUGAGUUUGUCGAUAACUAUGUUGAAUUUGAGUCGGCAACAGAUGUCACGCUGUCCGAUAUGAACGUGAGAGCUGUGGAGACUCACGUUACUCGUCGCACCAAGCCAGUUAUCGUGCCGGCAAAUAACGGCAAAUCUGUAUCGUUCAUGAUCAAAGCGAAAAAAUUGGGAGACAUUGCAAUCAAGUUCGAAGCCGUCAAUACGCUUAAAUCUGAUUCGGUAGAGCACAUGCUGCGUGUUGUACCAGAAAGUCACUUGCAUGAGCUGAAUGAGGCCAGGUACAUUGACCUUUCGGAGACAAAUUACCAGAAAUUCGAUAUCAGUAUCAACGUUCCACGCAACGUCGAUGAAGGAUCCGUAAGCGUAAAGUUUAUCUUGGACCCUGAUAUUUUCGGCUCGGUUGUAGAAAACCUCGAGUCAUUAAUAAGUCUUCCGUGUGGAUGCGGCGAACAGAACAUGAUUCAACUCGUACCGAACGUAGUAGUGCUGGACUACAUGUAUGAAACUAGAACGAUUAAAGAGGAACUUUAUUCGGACCUGAUCUCCAAACUAACCAAAGGUUAUGAGAAUCAACUAAAUUACAAGUUGUCGGACAAUUCAUUCGCCGUUUUUCCAGAAAUGAGGGGAUGUGUAUUUUUGACGGCAUUUGUGGCAAAAUCUUUUGCAAUUGCCAGCAAAUACAUUUACAUAGACGAGCGCGUAAUUGAAGGUGCAUUAGAUUGGUUGGUACAAACGCAACAACCGGACGGUAGAUUCGAAGAAAUUGGAGAUAUCAUACACGUUGAUAUGCAAGGAGGUCUAGAAACAUCUUGCUUUUCGCUGACGGCGUACGUUCUGAUUGCCUUGCUAGAGUCAAAAAGUGUCAACGGGGAACGUUGGGAGAUUUUACAAAAAUCAGCCGAUUAUCUUACAACGGGGCUGGACUCUAUUAACAACCCAUAUGAUUUGGCUUUGGCUACCUAUGCUAUAUCAUUGAAGGAUCGUAACGAGUCCUUGCCGUUUUUGGAUAAACUCGUCGAAUUCUCCCAAUACGACGAGGCAACUGGAACACGUUCAUGGAGCUAUCGUUCGCUUGGUGUAGAAAUAGCCGGAUAUGCUCUGCUUUCUUACAUCGAGCAUGGUUUGGUGCCCGAUGCAACGCCCAUAAUGCGGUGGCUAACCACUCAACGUUACGACCGGGGUGGAUUCAUGUCAACGCAGGACACAUUCGUUGCUCUGAAAGCGAUGGCCAAGUUUUCUGCACGAGUAUCGACCCACCGGAACGAUUACCGAGUGGCUGUGAUUCCCAAACGUGACAAAAUGUACCUGUUUGAUGUGGACUCCCAAUCGUUAAACACACUGAAGCAAAAUCUGGAAAGUACCACCAGAAAGGUACAAGUCGAACUGUUAGGAAAGGGAGCAGGAAUCUUCCAAAUUUCCUACCAAUACUACCAGAACAUCGUAGUGGAGAAAUCCAGCUUCAACUUGGAGGUCAACCUGCUACCCAACAGCACCUACUAUCGCCAGGAACUCAACGUUUGUGUUAGCUUCAACGCCAAAGAAGCGUACGAGUACUCCAACAUGGCCCUGGUAGAGGUGUUCUUCCCCAGUGGCCUCGUGGCGGACAAGAAUUCCGUACGGGAUCUAUCAAUCGGAAGAAACAUUAAGAAGACAGAACUUCGAUUCGGAGGAACCUCCCUCGUCGUGUACUACAUUCGUUUGAACGCCCAACCCAACUGCUUCGUAGUUAGCGCCGAACGCCACUUCAAAGUUGCCCUGCAUCGUCCGGCCCACGUGGUCGUGUAUGACUAUUACGAUAAUGGAGCCCAAUCCGAUCGUUUCGCCAUUGCGACCUACGAAGGAAAGGUGAUGCAAAUGUGCGAUGUUUGUGACGACGAGGACUGUGAGACCCUGUCGUGUCCCUAGGUUGGAGAAGUAAAAGAGUGAUUCAUGAAUGUGAUAAAACACUGAUCAAAUAUAAUAAAAGACAUUAAAAAUAUG